AUGCAAGCGGAAGCAUCAUGCGCCGUCUGCGGCGCACCGCCAUCAAAAAAAUGCCAACACGAAGAUGAGAGGUUGAAGAGAGCCUUGGACGAGGCCAGUCACCGCUGGAUGGCAUGCAUCGAGAUGCGACAGAUAAGACACUGGGUACUCAGCCAUGCUCGCGAGUGGAUAAUCCAUACAUUCAAUCAGAUGGUCGAUAUAAGAAAGCAGCAAUACGAAGCACACCUAGCUACCAUACCAUAUUACGAACUCUACAAAAUCUACGCAGGUCGGCCACCUAUCUCACCGCCUCAGAUGCACGAAUUACGCGUGCAAAUGUCUGCUGCGCAGGGUGCAUACCAACGAGGCAUCGAUGAAGAUUGGAAGAACAGUCUACAACGAUAUCCAGAGGUGCUGGAUUACUACUUCAACCUGGUCGAGUUCAAGCUGCCAGGUGAGAAGAGCGUUGCUGUACAAGAGCCGGUCUUUGGUGGUCGCGUUGAUCCUGAGAUGAAAAGGAGAGAGUCGAAAGGAAGAAGGGGAAUGAUGCAGCCGCCGCCUAUGCCUGGCGGCGCGUUCAUGAUGCCGCCGGGAGGGCCACCCCAUAUGCCAGGGCCAGGACCCGGUCGCAUGCCGAUGGGGAUGCGCCCGGGCGGCUUCUGA